GCGGGCUUUGCUUCCCCGAAGAAGAAGAAAGUCGCUUCCAUUCGAAACAAAUCCUCACAGUUAUAGAGACAGGCAGCAGCUGCAUCUAAAGAAAGGAAAUAUGCAUCCAAGGUGCCAUCUAUACUCACUGCGACUUUCACUCUUCCUCAUCCUUUUCUCUCUUUACCCUCUUUCCCUCCACGCCCGCCAGUUCGUUCUCGUCCUCUCCCAGGACGACCUCAAAGACGCCCAGCACGACGACUCUUCCUCCCCCGAUUCCGAUGCUUCCUGGGACGACGACGACUUCGGCGGCGCCCACGUUAAGCCAGACGAGGAGCUUGAUCCUGGAUCAUGGCGCCGGCUCUUUGAACCCUCUACCACCCCCACCUCCACCUCUAACUAUGGCACGCUCGGUUCCUACUACGCCGCCGUUGACAAAAUGAUAUCCGCUUCGACCAAUGGAGACGCCAGGAUGAUGGAGGAAGCGGCGGCGGAGAUUGAGACGGCAGCAAAUAUGGAAGGUGAUCCACACGCGCGGUCGGUGCUAGGGUUUUUGUACGGGAUGGGGAUGAUGCGUGAAAGAAACAGAGCUAAAGCCUUUUUAAAUCAUUAUUUCGCUGCGGAAGGUGGCAAUGCCCAAUCCAUGAUGGCUUUGGCUUAUACUUACUCGCGACAAGACAUGUAUGAAAAAGCGGUUAAAUUAUAUGCUGAAUUAGCCGAAAUAGCAGUAAACAGUUUUUUGAUAUCUAAAGAUUCACCGGUGAUCGAACCGGUUAGGAUACACAAUGGGGCAGAGGAGAAUAAGGAAGCUUUAAAGAAGUCAAGAGGGGAAGACGAUGAGGAUUUUCAGAUAUUGGAAUAUCAAGCACAGAAAGGGAAUGCUGGUGCUAUGUACAAAAUGGGUCUUUUUUACUAUUUCGGAUUGAGAGGGUUGCGCCGUGAUCAUGCCAAGGCUUUGAUGUGGUUUCUGAAAGCUGUGGACAAAGGGGAGCCCAGGUCUAUGGAACUUCUUGGUGAGAUUUAUGCUAGAGGAGCUGGGGUUGAAAGGAAUUACACCAAGGCUCUUGAAUGGCUCUCACUUGCGUCGAAACAGGGGCUUUUUUCAGCCUAUAAUGGGAUGGGUUAUUUAUAUGUUAAAGGCUAUGGGGUGGAAAAGAAGAACUACACCAAAGCAAAAGAGUACUUUGAGAGGGCCGCUGAUAAUGACGAUGCUGGCGGGCACUAUAACUUAGGGGUAAUGUACCUUAAAGGGAUUGGAGUGAAGAAAGAUGUGAAGAUUGCUUGUAAAUGUUUUAUUGUGGCAGCUAAUGCAGGCCAACCAAAGGCGUUUUAUCAGUUGGCUAAGAUGUUUCAUACUGGUGUUGGGCUUAAAAAGAAUCUUCCUAUGGCUACUGCAUUAUACAAACUAGUUGCUGAACGGGGACCAUGGAGUUCCCUGUCUAGAUGGGCACUUGAAUCAUAUCUAAAAGGUGAUGUGGGCAAGGCAUUCCUCCUGUAUUCUAGGAUGGCUGAGCUAGGCUAUGAGAUAGCACAAAGUAAUGCUGCAUGGAUCCUUGACAAGUAUGGUGAGCGCAGCAUGUGCAUGGGUGAAUCUGGGCUUUGCACUGAUGGAGAAAGGCAUCAACGUGCUCAUUCGUUGUGGUGGCAAGCUUCUGAGCAGGGUAACGAACAUGCUGCAUUGCUUAUUGGGGAUGCAUAUUACUAUGGUCGAGGAACUGUGAGGGAUUAUGAGCGUGCAGCAGAAGCUUACAUACAUGCGAAAUCCCAAUCUAAUGCACAAGCCAUGUUCAACCUUGGAUACAUGCAUGAGCACGGCCAAGGACUUCCGUUUGACCUCCAUCUUGCCAAGCGUUACUAUGAUCAAGCGCUAGAGAUAGAUCCUGCAGCAAAGUUGCCCGUCAUGCUCGCUUUAACAAGUUUGUGGAUUCGAAAGAAUUAUGCUGAUAGUCUCCUGGUCUACAUAAUCGAUUCCCUGCCUGAAGUCUAUCCAAGAGUGGAAGAGUGGGUGGAGAAUGUGAUAAUGGAGGAAGGAAAUGCUACAAUUUUGACUCUGUUUGUGUGUCUACUCACUGUUUUAUACCUUCGGGAGCGGCAACGCAGACAUGCUGCUGGGGAGGUGGCCCUGCCUAAUGAGCAUGAUGUACCUGCACCCCACUAAUGGUAUUCAGGGCACAUGUGGUUUUUUGUGCUGUCAUCUGAAAAGUUAAUUUCCAUAGGAAUACAUACCAUGUACAGGUGGGUCGGCUUCUUUGGCUUGGUUGUGGAGAGCUCCCUACAUUGAUUUGAUUGUACCAUAAGAGAAAAUUUUUUCAAGUCGAAACAGCUCUGUGCCAUAAUUAGUUUGGUAAGAUUUAUAUAAAUCAAACAAUAUAACUCUUUAAUAGCAACACACGGAUGAGAGUUAUUACAUAA